AACCACGUUGGUUUGAUCCAGCGAGCCGCUGCAGGAGGAUCAACUGCUUUUAUAUGACGAUAUAUGAGAAGUUGUCACAGCUCCAGCUGGGGUCAUGAGGGGUCGCAGCCAUUGUGUUGGACGAGCUGCGAGGAAGAGGAGGCAGAAACAAGAAAGCGUUGUCCAGUCAGUCUCUCUGUGUCACCAGCUGCAGUACGUGAGGCUGAUGAAGUUCAUUCACCAGCGAGGUUUCACUGCAAAGCUGCUGCAGCCCGCCCUCUUCACUGACACAGGCAGAGGACUCCAAGCUCUCAACAGCAUAAAGCCUGGACAGCUGGUCAUAUCCCUGCCAGAGUCCUGUCUCCUCACAACCUCAACAGUUCUCAACAGCUACCUGGGACCAUAUAUCAAGAACUGGAAGACGCGCCUCUCUCCUCUCUUGGCGCUCUGCGUCUUCCUGUUGUGUGAGCGUCACCGAGGCGAGGCCUCUGAUUGGUUCCCCUACAUCGACGUGCUUCCCACCACUUACACUUGCCCCGCCUAUUUCACCAAUGAUGUCAUAGGCGUUCUACCAGCCAGUGUGCAGAGACGGGCUUUACAGCAGAGGGAGGCCGUGCGAGAAAUCCACUCCUCUAAUCAAGACUUUUUCAGAACCCUGCAGCCAAUCCUGAGUCAGCCUGUGGAGGAGGUGUUGACGUAUGAAGCAUUGAGGUGGGCGUGGUGCAGUGUCAACACACGCUCUGUCUUCAUGUCCCACCCACCCAACAACUUCCUGUGUGGAAAGGAUGUUUAUGCUUUAGCUCCCUUUCUGGACCUGCUCAACCACCGCCCUGAUGUUCAGGUGAAAGCAAGUUUCAAUGACAUGACGAGAUGUUAUGAGAUCAGGAGCGUCACCGGGACUCUCCGCUACCAGCAGGCCUUCAUAAACUACGGUUGUCAUGACAGCCAGCGCCUCAUGCUGGAGUACGGAUUUGUUGCCCCCUGCAACCCCAACAGUGUGGUCUAUGUGGACACAGAUCUCCUCUGUGACGUUUUAAGAGCUGACAGGAGUUUGGAUCACAAGAUGAAGUUUCUUAAAGAGAACAACUUUCUCGAUAAUCUCACUGUGUCCAGUGAAGGUCCCAGCUGGAGGCUGAUGACGGCUCUCAGACUGCUGUCGCUGCCACAAACACUGUAUCACCACUGGAAGGCAGUGUUGCUGGGCCAGGUGGUUUGUGAAGAGAGAGAGCAGUGGAGCGUCCAGACAGCCAGGACUCUCUGUCAGCGACUACUAGAGGACACACACACAGCUCUGGAUAAGAUCUCCCAUCUCCUGCAGCAGUGUGACCAGUCAGUCAGGGAGCAGCUAGACGUGGUCAAGUCACUGCGACAGGAGGAGAGGUGCAUCCUGGGAAAUAGUCUUGAGGCACUGGAAGGCACGCUGAGACACCCAGACGAGCUGGUACCAGGCCAGCCUGAUGCUGGCUGUGUGAGCUGACAGCUGAUUGGUGCCCUGGCCUGCCACUCGCAAAAAGAAGCAAAGUGAUUGGCUGAACUGGUGAUGCUGGACAGUGUCCCUGUUCCUGUGCUGCUUGUCCACCAGUACGGCUGACAGCAGCAGCAGAAUCGCCUGGCGCCCUGAACCAGAGGGUCACAGGUCUGAUUCCAGGUACGCCUAAAGAGAGUCUGCACCUUUUAUAAUGACCCUGAGCAACACAGUGAGGCUCUCAACAACAACAGAGAAGGAAAGGUCAAAGAUACUGUGCACUAAAAUGACUGUAAAUCUAGUCUUGUUACCUUCUGGGGCCAGAUGUGUAAACGAUGUGUGCUCACACAAACCGUAUGAUGGAGAAAUGUGCGGUGAGAAUGUGUGCACACCGCAUGUAUUCUUCAGACCAGGCGUACAGAGUUUUAGCUGAGACAGCUGCAGGUGACAGGGUGAGACUGGAUAUAAGUUGAGAGAUGAGUGAUGGUGUUUAUGGGGUUGUUUGACAACUUCACUCAUUAGUGCUAUUAAUUUAGCAGUCUGAAGCGUUCUGAACAUGAUACAUUAGUGGUAUGGAUGCUGCAAAUAGCCACAGCAUCGUGUAACGCCGGGAUUCCACUGGAUGCGUAACGACUCCGAAAGGGGUCCGUCCACAACGGCUGCGUAUCUACGCAGUCCGUCAACACCCACCGUAUCCGUCUGUGUCGGAGCUGUUGCGGACAACAGAGUCCCGAGGACGCACGAGAUCUCGCGAAUUCACGCCUAAUCAAUUGAUAUAACUGGAAGAUAAUCAACAUCUCCUCGUUAAUGACUGGAGACAAAUCCAGCGACUCCGUCUUAACGAGCGCUAACGAGGUCGGCCGGCUUGUUAACGAGAGCCUCUU